AUGUCUCGCACUGCCCCACCCGAUUCGGAAGCCACAGUCGCCACGUUAUUUGCAGGCCCCGGCAGCGCCUCAAACUCUACCUCCUCGGUUAGUGAGAAUGUGGGAUUUCGAUUCGUCCUCGACCGCACGGUCCAAACCCUCUCGAGUAACGGCGUCCCCGACUCUGGCUCUGUCUCGGGCCUGUUAUUCGUUCCAAGCCUUAGCCCGAAGGAUCCAUGCAAUGAAGAACUCGCUUCGAUUAUCCCAUCCAAUGUGACCCGGCAUGAGGACGUUUCAGAAUUUGGAUACCCGGUCAUAGGACUUGCCCCAUGGGUAUCUGACGACUGCACUCAAAAGUUCUUGGCUGCCUCACGAGAUGCUGGCACAACAGCUCUUGUUUUCUUCCAACCGAACAAUAAUAAAACGGGACUCCCGCCCCCUGCCACAGACGAUAAUUGGAAGUUGAAAGACGAACGUUGGAGAAGUGACAACGAAUACCCUGUCUACGCCAUCCCAGGACCUGCAGGUACAACUUUGAUGGGAGAAUUAUCGUGGUUCUCAGACGGACAACCCAAGAAUUCAACCCAUAACCGAACCCGAACUACUCGGAGUCACGAGAGUGAUCGGUUGUUUACUAUGAUUGAUACGAAUACAACACCAAACCAAGAGCCCAGCCUCUGGAGCUUUGUGCUCGCAAUUCUAGGAACGAUAGUUGGACUUACUCUCGUUCUUCUUAUUCUGUAUCGAAUCAUCCAGCGCAAACGACGAGAGAUGCUCCGCGAACGCAUUAACUCCGGAGAAGUCGAUAUCGAGCAGCUGGCCUUGAAUCAGCUUAAGGUUCCAAAAGAAACCGUGGAGAAGAUGCCCAUGUAUACCUACCUGGGCUUUGCGCAAGAUUCAGAGACAGAAACUCCCAAAACUCCAGUGGAGACAGAGGCCAUAGAAGUCGACUCGAGCAGCACCACUUCCACGCCAACCCUGACCGAAGGACGAAGAAGCACAGAAAGUGACGGUGGCAUCAAAAAGCCCGAACCAGCUGUGCUUAAGCCCGACGCCAAUGACUCCGACGACUCAAUUUCGUCAAGGAAUCCCUUCCGGUUGAGCCAUACCCAAACCACCUGCGCCAUCUGCCUUGAUGAUUUUGUUGCCGGGACUACAACAGUUCGGGAACUACCUUGCGGUCAUAUUUUUGACCCUGGGUGUAUCGACGAAUAUCUUACAGAGACAAGCAGUCUAUGCCCUCUCUGCAAAAAGAGUGUUCUACCAGCAGGGUCGUGCCCGAUCUCUGUGACCAACGAGAUGUCACCUGAUUGGCACAAAUUCGACACUCGGCUAAUCACUAGCGUCCCACACACAAUCCUCGCCCUCGACUUUGGCAAAGACUCUCUCUCGAACUUUUCUCAGUUGCGACAACGACAACCGACGACCCUGCUCAGCCGACAAGGUACGAUACCACACACUCCUGUCCCUCUCAAUCGCCAUCGCCAUCGAAAUCGACACUCAUUUCCAGUCGCUGACUUCAAUUUCGUCCAGAUGGGUGCCCUCAAGUACGUCGAAGAGAUCCAGAAGAAGAAGCAGUCCGAUGUCAUUCGGUUCUUGCUCCGCGUUCGCUGCUGGGAGCUUCGCCAGCUCGACGCCAUCCACCGUGCUUCGCGCCCCUCCCGCCCCGACAAGGCUCGCCGUCUUGGUUACAAGGCCAAGCAGGGCUACGUCGUCUACCGCAUCCGUGUCCGCCGCGGUGGCCGUAAGUCGACCGCUCGCAAGGGCGCCACAUACGGCAAGCCUACCAACCAGGGUAUCAACCAGCUUAAGUACCAGCGUGCUCUGGCCGCUACCGCUGAGGAGCGUGUUGGUCGCCGCUGCGCCAACUUGCGUGUCCUGAACUCCUACUGGAUCAACCAGGACUCUACCUACAAGUACUUCGAGGUUAUCUGUGUCGACCCCCAGCACAAGGCCAUCCGCCGUGAUGCCCGCAUUAACUGGAUCUGCAACUCCGUCCACAAGCACCGUGAGGCUCGUGGUCUUACCGCUACCGGCAAGAAGUCCCGUGGUAUCAACAAGGGCCACCGUUACAACAACACCAAGGCCGGUCGCCGCCACACCUGGAAGCUCCAGAACACCCAGAGCUACUGGCGUUACCGUUAA